AUGCUCAACUCGUCUGAACCUGUCAAAGUACCCAGGAACUUCAAACUGCUUGACGAACUCGAGAAAGGCGAGAAAGGCAAAACUGCCGAAGGCUGCAGCUGGGGUCUCGAACAACAUGACGAUAUUAGUCUAAGCAAGUGGAACGGCACUAUAUUCGGACCCUGCUUUACGCCUUAUGAGAAUCGGAUAUACUCGCUUUCUAUUCACUGUGGGGAGAAAUAUCCCGAUGAGCCGCCCACGGUCAAAUUCCUAACGAAAAUCAACAUGGUCGGAAUCGGUCCAGAUGGACGGCCGCUACCUGGCGCAUUCUCCUGUCUGCAAAACUGGAACAGGAAUAUGUCGAUUGAGACCAUUUUAUCCACCCUGCGGCAGGCUAUGAGCGCUGGGGUGAAUAGACGUAUUGCUCAGCCUCAGGAGGGAGAAACAUAUUAG